ACACUGCACAACUGAUCAGAUAAAAGAAAUCAAAUCUCUCGCAAUCUAUAAUGGCCAACAUUACUCUCAAACCUGUUUAUUUUCUUGCAAUCUUUUUCAUCAUCCUCCUCCUAGCAAAUGCAGAGGAGACAGAUGCAGCGAAAAAAGUAUGCGAGAAGAGGAGCAAAACGUGGUCGGGAGUAUGUACGUUAUCGUCACACUGCGACAAUCAAUGCAGGAAAUGGGAGGGAGCUGACCAUGGAGCUUGUCACCAGCGUUACUGGGUUACUCGUGCUUGCUUCUGCUACUUCAAAUGCUAAUGUUUUCUUACAGUUACAUCACUCCAGAUUUCCCAGGAAAUUAUUUAAUAAAGUUCGUGUGUUUCAAUUUUGAAUGUACUUCUACUAUGUUCUUCGUAUGUAUUAGAUCGAUGUUUUCAUAUGGCGGAGCAGUAAGUCCGCCCUAAUCGGAGUUGGUCGAAGAUGCAAUUUUUUCGAAAAA